AUGACGACGAGCGGACAUGAUGAGCACCCGCUUGCCUACGGGGAAGGCUCUGUCACCAGUACAGGCGUGACGCCACACCACUCCUUGAAGUACUGUGCAAUGUACGGAGUUGGGGGAAAGACAUCGUUUUUCGGGCCGGACGUUCCGCAGCCUAACAACAUCCCGGCGCAGAAGCUUUCGGCGGCGGACUACAACGACUUGGUGGACGUGUGCGGUGACUCUUGGAGAGCGGUGGACUACGCCUGCUGCGACUCGGCCCAGAUCGCCCAGUUGAAGACGAACUUGGCGAAGGCAGACGCCUUGAUCUCGUCGUGUCCAGCGUGCAAGGAAAACUUCUACCAGCUGUUCUGCCACUUCACGUGCUCGCCGGACCAGUCGCAGUUUGUCGACAUCGUGUCCACGCAGACGGCGAUGAACGGCAACGAGAUUGUUGACGAGCUGAACUUUUUUGUCGACCCGGAGUUUGCGUCUCCGUUCUACGACUCCUGUAAAAGCAUCAAGUUUGGUGUCACCAACAGCUAUGCAAUGGACCUCAUUGGCGGUGGCGCCAAAAACUACUCCGAGUUCCUGAAGUUUCUCGGCGACAAAAAACCCCAAAUUGGCGGCUCUCCAUUCCAGAUCAACUACCUAUACUCUCUCGACGGCGACGACCAGAGCAGAAACAUAUCCCUUUUUGAGCUCGACGCACGGGCCUGUAAUGACUCCGAUCCGAAGUUUGCUUGUGCAUGCUCUGACUGCCCGCAGGUAUGUCCCUUACUCGAAACACUUCCACACCACGAACAGUGCCAGGUCUACAACAUUUCCUGCACAUCCUUCACGGUGCUCAUAUCCUAUUUCAUAGUAUUGUUCUCCUACUUCUCUAUUGUCUUCUACCUUAGAUACAGAAAUAACAGGAAAACGAGAAAGCAAACCUUGCUAACAGACGACAAUGAUCUGCUAGAAGCUUCAAUUUUACAGACUACAGACUCUCCGGAAAUUACAGAUAUCUCUUUUUCUUCCCAGAACACCCUGAACUUGGUGUCAUUGCAUUCAAGGAAAUCAUACAUCGUUAACAACUAUUUGGAGCACUAUUUCUAUAAAUUGGGUUCUUUCUGUGCAACGUACCCCAGUUUGAUUUUGUGGACUACGUCAGUUUUUGUUCUAUUAUUGUCGUCUUGUGCUUACUUUACCCAAAUCGAAACCAACCCUGUCAACCUAUGGGUAAGUCCAACUGCAGAUGCGUUUAUUGAGAAGGGUAAAUUUGACGAGAGUUUUGGUCCUUUUUACAGAACGCAACAGAUCAUUAUUUCGAACUCAACCGGAGACUCAAUUUUACAAGAUUACGAGUUUGUACAAUGGUGGUUUGAGAAGGAGUCACAAAUGAUAACCUUGAAAGCCAACGUAAGCAUUGACGGAUUCGAUAAUGAUGUCACAUACGAUGAUGUCUGCUUCAAACCUUUGGAAGAUACCUGUAUUUUGGAAAGUUUCACCCAAUACUUCAAUGGCGAUUUAAGUAAUCUCCCCGAGAGUUCAGACUGGAAGUCGAAAAUAUCCAAAUGUGCCACUUCUCCAGUGGAAUGUCUACCAAGUUUUCAACAGCCCUUGAAGAAAUCGUUAGUUUUUGGGGGUGGAAAAACUGAUGAUGUUUUGAGCUCAAAGGCCAUCGUCGUGACGCUAUUGAAUAACAAUGACAACGAUCCAAAUAGUGAUCAAGUGCGCAAAGCUUUUCAAUGGGAGACGGCAUUGAAUGAUUUUAUCUUAAACAAUAUCACUGAGGAAGCAAAAGAGUUCGGGGUAGAAGUGAGCUUCAUGACCGAAAUUUCAUUGGAAAAAGAAUUGAACAAGUCAACGAAUACAGAUAUCAGAAUUAUUGUGAUAUCUUACCUCGUUAUGUUUGCUUAUGCGUCAUACGCAUUAUUGAUAAACCAGAACACCGGCAAAAACUUUAUACUCCGGUAUCUAGCAAAAACAAGAUUUUCUUUGGGAUUGAUAGGUAUUCUUAUUGUACUUUUCUCAGUAUUUUUGUCUGUUGGUUUUUGGAGCUUGUUUGGUUUGAAAGUGACUCUGAUAAUUGCUGAAGUUAUUCCUUUUUUGAUUUUGGCUGUUGGUGUCGACAACAUUUUUUUGAUCACCAACGAGUAUUCCAGUAUAGAAAAGCUAACCAUUACAAAUUCUUUGCCAAUAAACGAAAAAAUUGGUAAGACUAUGGCUAAUAUUGGACCAAGUAUUCUGCUCAGCUCUUUGUGCCAAUUUAUAUGUUUCGUAUUGGGAAGUUUUGUUGGUAUGCCUGCAGUGAAAAACUUUUCGUUAUACAUUUCAGUUGCGAUCAUUUUUAACACUUUACUACAGUUGACUGCGUUUGUUUCAGUAUUAACACUGGAUCAACGUCGUUUAGCAGAAGGAAAAUUGGAUCUAUUGCCUUUUAUCAAAAUUGAAAGAGAUGCACGUUCUGAAGAGCUGAAUAAUAAUUUGGCUCAAAUGUUGAAUGAGAGCGACAACAAUGAUGACGGUUUUAUCAAGUCGUUUCUCAAGAACAGCUUUGGUCCUUUAAUUUUUAGGCCUGCAGUGAAAAAUAUUAUAUUCUUGUUGGUCCUUUCAGUUUUCGGAAUAUCACUGGCCUUAAUCCCAAAUUUGAAACUAGGGUUGGAUCAAAGAGUUGCGGUGCCGUCAGACUCAUACUUGAUCCACUAUUUUGAUGACCUUUACCAAUACCUUGAUGUGGGGCCACCAAUUUACUUUGUUGUUGAAGGUUUAGACGUGACUCAAAAGGCCGAGCAACAAAUGCUCUGCAGCAAGUUUACUACGUGUGGUUCAUUCUCUUUGGUUAACAUCAUUGAUCAAGAGUACGUGAGGUUCAACGAAAGUACGGUUGCAGAACCUGUUGCAAGUUGGAUUGACGAUUUCCUAUUGUGGUUAAAUCCAGAUUUGUCCGAAUGCUGCUUGUUGAAGAAGAAUUCGCCAGAUAAAUUGUUCUGUCCACCUUUCUCAUCUCCAAGAGUUUGUGAUAGCUGUUUUGCAAACAGGAAAUGGGACUAUCAAAUGCAUGGUUUCCCUGAGGGAGAAGAGUUUAUGGAGUUCUUUGAGGCAUGGAUCGAUGCUCCGUCAUAUCCUUGCCCACUAGGAGGGAAAGCGCCAUAUUCAAGUUCCGUCUUUUUGGAAGAUGGUUACAUUAAACGAUCCGCUUUUAGAACUUCACAUACGCCUUUGAGAUCACAGGACGACUUCAUCUCAGCAUACCACAACUCAUUAAGGAUUGUUGGUGAAGUGAAGAAGGCAAACCCGGAUGUUCAGCUAUUUGCCUACUCUCCGUUCUACAUUUUUUUUGUUCAAUACGAGACAAUUAGAAGCCUAACAUUUACUUUGUUGAGUGUCGGGUUAAUCCUCGUUGGACUUAUCAUGAUGCUCUUACUUGGAUCUUUGCGUAACUCAGCUGUUUUUGUUGCAAACUUGAUACUCAUCAUCGUUAGCAUACUUGGCUGGAUGGUUCUUGCUGACAUCUCCCUUAAUGCCGUAUCACUUGUCAACCUUUUGAUUUGCCUAGGGUUGAGUGUGGAAUUUUCGGUCCAUUUGUUCAAACACUUCAACUUCAACGAAACGCAAACCGAAGGUCCUCGAGACGGCAAUAAACGGAGUCGGGCCUACGGAUCCUUAAUCUACAUCGGAUCGACCACCCUCGGUGGUAUCGCCCUGACAAAACUUAUUGGUAUAGGAGUGUUGAGUUUCACAAGAAGCAAGAUUUUCCGCUUGUACUAUUUCAAGAUGUGGGUCGGGCUAAUAGUCAUUGCCUCUGUCCACGCUCUCGUUGUUGCACCACUCUUGCUCAGCAUGUUUGGCAGCACUUCUGUGUACGGAAAGAGCAAAUGGAGCAGAGUUGUUUGCGACGACAUCAUUCGCCGCCAACGGGAGACUCUGAACUAGCAGCCACAACCCCGUCCUCUAAAUUCCUUUCCCCAGACCUCAGCGUCUGGAUGUAUAAUUAUGUAACGUAACGUACACUCUCCACAUUUCAAACGUGUUGAAAAGAAAAGUGAG